AUGAUGACACCAGGCAAAUCUUCCAAGACACCUAUCGUCGGGAAUCUAACAACCCUAGGUAUAACAAUUCCUGAUACUGUUACAUCAAUCGGAUUUAAAACAUUUUAUGGAUGUUCUAGUUUCACAAGUAUAAUAAUUCCUAAUAGUGUUACAUCAAUUGGAACGAAAGCAUUUACUGGAUGUUCUAGUCUCACAAGUAUAACAAUUGGUAAUAGUGUUACAUCAUUUGGACAAGAAGCAUUUUCUGAAUGUUCUAGUAUCACAAGUAUAACAAUUCCUAAUAGCGUUACAACAAUUCGAGAUUUUGCAUUUUCUGGAUGUUCUAAACUCACAAGUAUAACAAUUCCUAAUAGCGUUACAUCAUUAGGAAGCCAUGCAUUUAGAGGAUGUUCUGGUCUCACUAGUAUAAUAAUUCCUGAUAGUGUUACAUUAAUUAGAGGCAGCAUAUUUUAUGGAUGUUCUAGUCUCACAAGUAUAACAAUUCCCAAUAGUGUUACAUCAAUUUACAGCAGUGCAUUUUAUGGAUGUUCUAGUCUCACAAGUAUAACAAUUCCUGAUAGUGUUUUAGAUUUUGGGAGCGCUGCAUUUCAAGAAUGUUCUAAACUAACAAAUAUAAAAAUUGGUAAUAAUGUUGAUUCAAUAGGAAGCCUUGCAUUUAAAAGAUGUUCUAGUCUCACAAAUAUAACAAUUCCUGAUAGUGUUACAACAAUUGCAAAUAGUGCAUUUUAUGAAUGUUCUAAACUCACAAGUAUAACAAUUGGUAAAAGUGUUACACGCAUUGAAGGAAAUGCAUUUUCUAAGUGUUAUAGUCUCACAAGUAUAACAAUUAAAACUACUAACGAUAUUACCAGUUCAAUAACAACAGAUGUAUUUCUUAAUUGUCCAAUUACAGAGUUAAUUUAUGAAACCACUGGGCUCACUUUUCUUACAUAUGAGUACUUCAAAGACAAAGUUACAUUAAUCAAAUUCAACAUUCCAAAAUCAGAUUCAAAUUCAAUGAUAAGACUUCAAGAAAUCACAUCAUUACCAACAUUGACUCAUUUCACCAAUCUCAAUAAAGUCACCAUCGAAAACAUAAAUGAAUUAACAAUUCCAGAAUCUUUUAUUGAAGGAGAUAAUUUUGAAAUCUUAAUUACGAAUAAUAUUAAGUCCAUUGAUCCAAAUGCAUUCAAAGAUUGUUCAAUUAACAAAUUCACAUAUCUUGGAACAGAUAAACUUGAAAAUGAUUUCCUUAAAAACGCUAAAUCAUGCGAAGAAGUAAUCACAUCUACAAAAUAUAGUGAUAAUGAAAUUGGUGGAAUGACAAUCACCCAUAAACAAUCAGAAGAAAAUCCAAAUCAGCCAGGUGAAAAUCCAAAUCAACCAGGAGAAAAUCCAAAUCAGCCAGGAGAAAAUCCAAAUCAACCAGGUGAAAAUCCAAGUCAACCAGGAGAAAAUCCAAGUCAACCAGGAGAAAAUCCAAAUCAACCAGGAGAAAAUCCAAGUCAACCAGGAGAAAAUCCAAAUCAACCAGGUGAAAAUCCAAAUCAACCAGGAGAAAAUCCAAAUCAACCAGGAGAAAAUCCAAGCCAGCCGGGCGAAAAUACAGAUGAUCCAAGCAAAUCCAAGGAAAAUAAAGCUAUUAAAGGAGGUGAAAUUGCUGGUAUAAUAAUUGGAAGCCUUAUAGGAAUCUGUCUCGUUGUAGCAAUUUGUUUUGGAGUUUAUUAUUAUUUUAUGCGUAUCAAACCGAAAAAUAAAAAUGAUGAUAAUGAAGGCAACCAAGAAGAUACGAUAGCAAAUGGCACCAAUGAAGUAACUAAUGAAAAUGUUUUGGCAACAUUUGAUGAACAACCAAAUAAUGAAUCAGAUUCCAAUGGCUUGGAUUCAGCUGAAGUUUAA